ACGUCGUGACAGAAACAAUUGUUAAAUACUUGAGAAUUCUGUACUUUGCACUUCUGGCUUAGAUCUAAACUUGGAAACUUUGCUGAGGAGUUAAGCGUCCUUUGACCUCCUCUCUUGUGAACUGCAGAAAUCAGACCAGUCUACUUGGUAAAAUGACUGCUUGUGUUGCUGAAGAACCUAUUAAAAAGAUUGCUAUCUUUGGAGGGACUCACGGAAAUGAGCUGACAGGAGUGUUUCUAGUUACUCACUGGCUAAAGAAUGGUGCUGAAAUUCAGAGAGAAGGCCUGGAGGUGAAGCCAUUCAUAACCAACCCAAGAGCAGUGGAGAAGUGUGCCCGAUACAUUGACUGUGACCUGAAUCGUGUUUUUAACCUUGAAAAUCUUAGCAAGGAGAUGUCUGAGGAUUUGCCAUAUGAAGUGAGAAGGGCUCAAGAAAUAAAUCACUUAUUUGGUCCAAAAAAUAGUGACAAUUCCUACGACGUUGUUUUAGACCUUCACAACACGACUUCUAACAUGGGUUGCACUCUUAUUCUCGAGGAUUCCAAGAAUGACUUUUUAAUCCAGAUGUUUCACUAUAUUAAGACUUCCUUGGCUCCGUUGCCCUGCUAUGUUUAUCUUAUUGAGCAUCCUUCCCUCAAAUAUGCAACCACUCGUUCCAUUGCCAAGUAUCCAGUUGGUAUAGAAGUUGGUCCCCAGCCUCAGGGUGUUCUGAGAGCUGAUAUUUUGGACCAAAUGAGAAGAAUGGUUAAACAUGCUCUUGAUUUUAUACACCAUUUCAACAAAGGAAAAGAAUUCCCUCCCUGUGCUAUUGAAGUCUAUAAAAUAAUGGAGAAAGUUGAUUAUCCAAGGAAUGAAAGUGGAGAAGUGGCUGCUGUUAUUCAUCCUAAUCUGCAGGAUCAAGACUGGAAACCGUUACACCCUGGAGAUCCCGUGUUUGUGUCUCUUGAUGGAAAGACUAUGACACUGGGUGGAGACUGUACCGUGUACCCCGUGUUUGUGAAUGAAGCCGCAUAUUAUGAAAAAAAAGAAGCAUUCGCAAAGACAACCAAGCUAACACUCAACGCAAAAAGCAUCCGCUCCACUUUGCACUAAAAAUCACUGCCAGUUCACAGUUCCUGGGAGUCUUGCAAGCCUCCAGGACUCUGUAAACGCCCCAAGAGCAGAAUUGUGCCUUAUUCUAGUUCUUUUCCUCAACACUUGGUCCCAUGCCUCAAGCAGUAAGCAUCCAGGCCAGUUUCUGAAAAAAAAAAAGAAUAAAUUAAUGAAUGUCUUUCAAAUAUAUUCUGAAUGAGUUACAUACUGCUCAUUCAGGCAAGUGUGUUUCUGGUUCUGUGUUACAUUACAUUGCAUUGCAUUACAUUCUGGUAGCUUUAACAUAGCUUCACAUUCAAAAGAUAACAUUGAAAUCAAUGCUAUGUGCAAUUUACCACGUAGCAAGACAGUGAGAUAGAUUGAAUGCACAUUUUUAAGUAAUGCAUAAGUACUUCUAAAAACUAAUACUACAGAAUAUUUUUAAGUUUUGACUUCUGUAAAGUCUUCAGAAUUUCUAAUUAUAUGUGAUCUUGUUUAUGGCCAUGGUACCAUGAAGGAGUGCUGUCUA